AUGAUUGUGACCCAGAACACAAGAAAAGAGCUAAGCCAUAUUCCACUCGAGACACGACAAAGCAUUAGCAGAAUUGGAAAUGCGAUACAAGUCUUGUCUAAUCUAGGCUUCACCAUAACUCUAGAAGUGAUCAUGGAAACUGUUAACUUAAGCAACACGGAGAAUAUCGACAUACACGACAUGCGUGGAUCAGAGUUUUACGUUGUGGUCUCAGAGAACGAAGCUGAAAGAAGACUGCAUUGA